AUGCAGCCAACCUUCUCACGAAUUCCACCAGACUCUAAACCCGCCCAUGCCAUGACAUUGUUAGCCAACAACCCCGUCGAUCACCGUAACCCCCGGCCGCUGCCAGCCAUCCUAUGCCUCCACGGGUACGGCACUAACGGGUCCAUCCUGCGCUACCAACUACGGCACAUCCUCCCGCACCUCUCGCCACACUUCCGCUUCCUCUUCCCCAACGCGCCCUUCCCUGUCGACCAGCCCGGCCCAGGCGCGACACUCGCAGUCCAUGACGACCUGAACCUGAACGGACCCUUCCUGCGCUGGCACAACCCAGACCCAACUCUAGCCCUGGCCCUGGGCGUGUCUCAGGCGCAAAUAUCCGCUGAGCGGGAGGCGGUGCGAAACCUACUGGUAAGCAUCCUUCACAAUAAUACUAUUACUGGUAGUGAUGGGGGUGACGAAAGUGCUGGUGGUGGUGAUGGAGGGGGAGGGGAGGUUGUUGGCAUCCUCGCCUUCAGCCAGGGCGUGUGUCUGGGCACGGCAGUUUGCUUGGAUCCGGAGCUGAGUAAGGGGGUUAGGUUUGCGGUGUUUGUGUGCGGGUUGUUUCCUGUUGCUGAACUGCAUGUUGGGGAUGAAGACGGAAAGGGGGAUGGGGUGGGAAAGGGGAAGGUUGAAAUACCCUGUAUUCAUGUCCGUGGGAGAAGGGAUCCAUGGCGGGGACAGGGGGUAAAGUUGUAUGAGAAGUAUUUUGUUGGGGAGCGGGCGAGGAGGGUGGUGGAGUUUGAAGGCGCGCAUGAGGUGCCCAGUCGGCCGGAGGAUGCUGCGAGGGUGGUGGAGGAGAUUUUGCGGGUUUGGAAAGCUGUUGGAGGGAAGGUAUGA